GAGGAGAAGGCAAAUGCUGCCCCAGCUGUUUCCUGUUGAAAAUGUCUCUGUAAUGUAGAUAAAUGUGAGGGAUUUUCUCUCCAAAUCCGUCUCCUGUUCGCUAAAUCUCACUUCUCCACAACGAGCCUGCGCAAUGGAACAAAGUCGGAAUAUUGAGAUGUGACAUUGCCCGCAUCUCAUCCUCUUUCUUGCUUUUUAAUGACUUCAAACAAGUUCAUUUUUGCUGGGCUUUUGCUGGAGACCCAAGGGGAUGUCUAGCGGACAUUUCUUCCAGGGGCAUUGGUGUGAUGUCUUUAAGUGUACCAUGCGCUGUCUCUCGUGCACCCACACCCUCUCACUGGUGCUGUGCGUCCUCGCGUUGACUCCCGCGACACUGGAGGCGGGGCCGGAGACGCUGUGCGGGGCGGAGCUUGUAGACACGCUGCAGUUUGUGUGUGGAGACAGGGGCUUUUAUUUCAGCAAACCAACAGGAUAUGGGCCUAGUUCAAGACGGUCACACAACCGUGGCAUUGUGGAUGAAUGCUGCUUUCAGAGCUGUGAGCUGAGGCGCCUCGAGAUGUAUUGUGCACCUGUAAAGCCCGGCAAAACUCCACGAUCCGUACGAGCGCAACGGCAUACAGACAGCCCAAGGACAGCAAAGAAACCUUUACCUGGACAAAGCCACUCUUCCUAUAAGGAGGUUCAUCAGAAGAACUCGAGCAGAGGAAACACAGGGGGAAGAAACUAUCGCAUUUAGAGGACAGUAAGGCGAAUGGCUGAGAGAGACAAGUGAAACUGUUGGACAGCGGGAAACGGGAUAUAAGAAAGACUGUGGUCUUCCAGAGAUGUGCUCCACUGUAAAAAAAAACUAAACAAAACAAAAAACUAAAUACUAAAAAAAAAUAAAAAUAUAAAAACCAACAAGAUACUGGAUACUGUUAAAGCCCCAUGUUAAGACAAACAAAAUCUGAUGAUUUCCAUACACUGCACCAUUCCAUACUGGGGGAAAAAUCAUAAAUUAGCUGCUAAAAAAAAGUCAAAUGAUAACUGUUUAUCCUCCUUGUGUGAAUGGUUGCACGUAAUGGAUGCCGAAAGCUUUUUAUAGUGGCAAAAACCAAAAUUUUUGCAGGCACACGAGAGGCACGAGAAAGGAGUUCGCAGUGAGAUCACGGACCGUGUUGACAAGAAAGGCUAUCUAGACAGUUUAUACCAGAUGGAACCCUUGCAAAACUGAACUACGGCUGCACAGAGAGAUGACAUAAAAUACAAAUAAAUCUUUUCUUAUUUGAUUCAUUGUGCAAGACCAGAUCAAGGGGGAUUAUACAAGAACCUUAUGCAGAUGUGCUGAGGUGCUCUAGAGAACACAUUUAGGAUCGAUGGAACCUGACCUACAUCCUGCAAAACACCUUGUGUGUGUGUGUUUUUUUUUUUUUUAAUUGUGUGAGGGAUCUUUGCUUCUUUUUUAAUCAUUUUAACUGCAUGGAUUACCUUCUUUAGAAAACAGGAGGUGAAAGCCAUUCAUUCAAACAGUUAUCCGCAUGCAUUUACACCAGUGUAUCAGCACGCAAACGAAAGACAGAGGGACGACAGCAGAAACUACAACAGAAGCAAAAAAAUCACUAGCAAUUGUAACAUAUAACAUCAAGAAGAACAUAAUCUGGUUUAGCAGCUACUGUUUAUCAAAUAGGAAGUUGCAGGUUUGCAUUUUUACAGCGAAAGAAUGGUGACAUGACUGCAACUCACUAGCUGUUUUAAAGGGAUAUUUCGCCCAAAAAUGAAAAUUGUGGCAUUUACUCAUUGUACUUUACCUUCUCAUGGGUUUAUUUAAAAUAUGACUUCUAAUAUGUUUCUUCUGGGAAAAAUAAAAAAGGCAAUUGCAAUGUUAUUUUGCAUAAUACAACCGUCAUAAGUGAUUAUUUUAAACUUUAGCACACAAUUACCCUUUUUAUUUUUUUCUCUGAAGCAGAAAUUGGCUUAUGUAAUUGUAGAGCACCAGUCAUUUGGAUUAAUGUUUCUAUUGCAUUUAUUUUUUGUCCUAUUUAAAGCUUUACAGACAUGGUAAUUGUACAGCAAAUACUGGAAACAAAUUUCAUUCUGAAAAAAAAAAAGGUACCAGAAUACAGUUAAAUACAGACACAAUGUCUGUUUUUGGGUGAACUACCCCUCUACACCCCACUUUAAGCCCCUGGCACAGGGGUUGUGAGGUGUGACCCGGCCGUUUCCACAGUUCCUCUGCAUGGUGAUUUCCUCUUUUCUGACCCCAAUGGAUCACGUCAAACCCACACUGUUUACUCUGUAUCUAUACUCAACCUAUAUUAACCUUCGCAUUCUCUAACCAUAAUCAUAGGUGAUGGCAUUAUAUAGCGGAACCAUAUAAAAGAUCAACCCACUGUAUAAUGGUGCUAUUUUGUAGUUUGUUACUUGCAGGGGUUGGCUGAAAACAUGAAGCUCAUUGUUGGAAGUCUUCCCUUUUGCACAGCCUUGUGGCCACUAUUGUAAUAAUAUUCUUUUCGUUUUAUUUUUAAGCUAUUUCAAAAAGGUUACAGUGUAAACAAGCAAAAGUAUUUUUGUGAGAUCUGUGAAAAAUGCGUAGAAAAAGGGAAAAUUGUGGCCCGAGAUGGUUAAUUGCUUUUUUUGUUUUCUCUACGGUUUUUAAAUUAUUAUUUUUUAAAACAAUAACCUCCCAAUGCCAAGUACUGAGUACUGUAACCCGCAAAUCUCCAAUAUUACCAAAAUGUUGACCAUCAAAAAGUAGCUUUUCAUGCACACUACAUUCAUGUAGACAUCUUGGUACUGAUUCUACAAGUUAGCGUUUUUGUAACUGGCAAGAAAAUGGUGCAAAACAGUCUUCAGUGUAAUACAGAGAUGAGAAAGACAAAGUUACAGUACAAUUCCAGUUAGUAACCGUGUAAUUUGGCUAACACUGUACGAGUCUAUUCAGGACCAUUGUUUUUCCUUUUUACUUGCCUAUGUUUUUACUUAUCGAUAUGUCUAGGGAGGUUUAAUAGGAAAAUUGCACCAGGAUUAAAUAAAUUACACCAUCAGUGCAAUUAAGAAAGGCUAUGUUUUAACUAGCAGCACCUUAACAUCAUCUAUAAACAAGAUGAUACAGAUGUUUAACAUUUUCAAAAAGGUAACCAUCCAUUUAUGGACAACCUAAAUUUGGGUCGUAUAGUGUUUGUACUUUUGAACUGGGUUGUAUGCGUUUUAUAUAAUCUUCUAAAUCUGAAUCUCAAUCUGAAACAGAACAAUGUAGAGUCAAAUGCAAUAGCCACCCAGAAUGGCUAUAUAAUGUGUACAAGUUCGAUGUAAUAGAUCUCCAGCAAAAGGUCCUCACAUAAUACCAAAGACUUUUUUUGGUUUGUUGGUUAUAGCUUUGUGGCAAAUAUCAUGGCCAGCACUAAAGAUACUUCUUGAAUCUUCAAUUAGACACAUUAAGGAACACAUUUUUACAAACAUAUUGUGCUUAUUUUGAAGUUGUUCUGUUUCCUAUUACACUGAAUGUAGGAUUUAAGGCUGCUGUGGAGAUUUGCGGCACUUUGCAUGAGUUUGAUGGUUUUCAUCAGAACAUAAAUCCAGAGACAGAAACAGCAUGGAAGGAUUCUGGGCAUUGAUCAUUAAAGCAUUCUUUUGAUUGUAAGGCUUUCAUUAGGCUACUGGUGCUCAAUUGCUUUCUGUACAAAUAUGAAAAUACUGACAGAUUGUUCACCAUUCCUGCUGAAUAAACCACUUGUCAAUA